AUGAAUAAGUUUGUGAUGGGAGUGUCUGAAUUAGUGGUCAAUGAGUAUCGUUCUGCAAUACUUAUCCCUAGUAUGAAUAUUUCCCGUCUAAUGGUGCAUGCUCAACAAAUUAAGGAGAUAAAACUUAAAGAAGUGAAUAGGGAAGGGAAAAAAGCUAGAUCCGAUGAUGGGAACUUUCCUAAUCCUAAGUCCAAUAGGGAAGAAUGGACUACGACUAAACCAAGGUAUUCCGGCAAAGGCUCUCCAUAUCCUAAGCCUAGUUGCACCAACUGUGGGAGAAAUCAUUUGGGUAAAUGCCUAGCCUACAUGGAUGGUUGCUAUGGGUGUGGUAAGGAAGGGCACAAGAUGAGAGAUUGCCCGGUUCUUAAGGCUAAGGGAAGAGAGGGUAAGAAAGUUGACUCUAGUGGUGUUGAUGAAGAGCCUCAAAAAAAGAAUAGGUUUUAUGCUAUCCAAUCUAGAGAAGAUCAAGAGUGA